GAAAUUGUGAGCAUUGCAGUCAGCUUGCACGAGAAGUUUGUGUCCCAAACCCCUCGCAUCUUUUCCGCGCCUUUAUCAUCUCCAUUUCACUCUCUUUCAAGUCUGAUAUCUCUCUAUCUGUGUGUGCGACAGUAUCAAAUGACGGUUUCGCGGUCUCAAAAAAUAGUCCCGAUUAAACCCACAAAAUCCAUAUCCCCGAGAUCAAGCCUCAAGAUCGAGCCCUCUACUCCCUCCCGAACCCACGAAUCCUCCGCUUCCCAAUCUCUUACCCCGCCUAUGUCCUCCAACACCCCUUCUUCUCGACCAACAAACCUUAACCCGGUAUCUCUCGGGUUGGGCUCAGAUUCUAAAACCCAUUCCGGGAUCGUCCGUCGUCGGAGUCUCCGUCUCGCUUCGAAAUCGGGUUCCGGCGAGGGCCCUCGUUCGGAUUCGAUUUUUCCCCCCCACAGUCGCAGCCGCAAAAGAAAGAACUUGUCGGGCGAUGUCGACGCCUGCUCGAGUGGGAAACCGGGGGAAGGAGAGAGUAUGAGGGGAAUUGAUGGGGGUCUUUCUAGUUUGUUGGACAAGUUUAAAUCCGAAUUGGAAUUGGAUUCGAUCUCCCGGGACUCGAGGGUUUUGGCAGAGAAAGCAGGGGUUUCCAAUUUGGCAAUGGGUUCUUGCGUGGACAGGGUUCGUGGAUUGAAUGGAAACGAGUCUGGUUGGAAAGAGGACAAGGGUUUAAUGGGUUCCGACGAAGCUGGGCUGGGUUCAAAGCUGGCGAAAGGGAAUAAGAGGAAAUUGGGUAUUGACGGUGACGCGUUAGAUUUGGAACAUGUGGAGGAGGAUGGAGAGAGUAAAGUUUGUAUAAAUUUGCGGUCGGGGAAGAGAGUUGCGAAGAGAGGAGAGGGUGGGGUUUUUAGUGGUCCUGGUUGUGAUAAGUUGGUUGACAAUAAGGGAGAAUCUGAGAGAGCACCAAUUGCUGUUGAGAACCAUAUCGUUGAGCAUGAAAGGAAGCUUAAGAGAGAGGAAAAGGGGAAAGGAAAGUUGGUCCAGGAUGAUUUAGUAUCAAUUGGUGUCAAUUUUAGUGACGAUGUGGUCAAGAAUGAUGGUUCUAAGCCGGUUUAUGAGAGACUAUUGAGUGCAGAAAAUGAGAAGGGGAAUAAAAAAUUAAACGGUGCUGGUGAGGGGAGUGUUUUCAUUGAGAAGAAUGCUGUGAAGGGGAGGAGAUUCGGCAGAGAAGAAAAAGGGAAGGCCGUAGAAAUUGAUGGUUCUUUGUUACUGAACGGUGACGAGAAAGUGGAAUCGGGGUUGGAAUCCGAGUCCAGAAAUUCAGUUGAAGAUGUGGCAUCGGGUCUUGUUGAUUUGGUAAAUAAUGCAGCAUCGUUGGGUCAAACCAAAGAUUGGAAGGCCGAGACAAGAGAGAGUGAAUCAAGCCGAAGGGGUUACAUGAACCGUUUCUAUGAAGUAGCCAAGGAAAAUGCUUCUCGAUUUGCUAUUUAUUCUCCUCAAGAGGAAGACGAGAACCAUGUGUCUUCUGAGGCUGAAGAGGAGCGGGACCUUGAAGAUUGGCCUGGUCCCUUCUCUACUGCCAUGAGCAUCAUCAAAGAUCGAGCAACUAAGAGUCAGCGAGUGGAGAAUUCCUCUUUGGAGAAGAGCAAGUGCCCACCAUUUAUAUGGGUUCCUAAGUAUAGCCAAAAUCGCCAAAAGCGGCUGGUUCCCUCGCUGAAAGAACAAUGCUUGGCAGUUCUUGCCGAGAAUGUUGAAGCAAUUGCUUCACUUGAAUGUGUUCCUGAUGCUUUGAAGCACACACUCAGUCAAUUGCUAUGCGAUUCGCGGAGAAUGAAUAGUCAUUGUUUUGAGCUUCUUAUUCGUGGAUCACCGACAGAGGUUCGCGUGAGGGAUUGUUCAUGGCUAACGGAGGAACAGUUUACAAAAUCUUUUCACAGUUGUGACACCAGCAACCUAACGGUGUUACAACUUGACCAUUGUGGGCGCUGUAUACCAGAUUAUAUAUUACUUUCUACCUUAGCUUGCUCAUCAAAUAGCUUGCCUGCAUUAACUACUUUAUCCCUCAGUGGUGCAUGUCGUCUUUCAGAUGUUGGCCUAAGUGCAAUUGUUUCUUCUGCCCCUGCACUAAGAUCUUUAAAUCUCAGUCAGUGUUCCCUCCUUAGCUCCUCCAGUAUUGACACUUUGGCUAACACAUUGGGAUCAGUUCUGAGGGAAUUGUAUCUUACUGAUUGUCAAAGCAUUGACGCAAUGCUUAUCCUACCGGCAUUGAAGAAGCUUGAGCAAUUACAAGUAUUAUCAGUCGCUGGUAUUCCAGAUGUUUGUGAUCAUUUUAUCAAGGAAUUUAUUAGGGCUCGUGGUCACAAUAUGAAGGAGCUUGUUUUGACAGAUUGUGUAAAAUUGACAGAUUCUUCCUUGAAAGUCAUUGCUGAAUCCUGUCCGGGAUUAUGUGCAAUUGAUCUUGUCAACUUGUGCAAAUUGACAGAUUCCGCCCUUGGAUAUCUUGCAAAUGGCUGUCAAGGAAUUCAAACAUUAAAACUCUGCCGUAAUCCAUUCAGCGAUGAAGCUAUUGCUGCAUAUCUGGAAACCUCUGGAGAGUUUUUAAAAGAACUUUCGGUGAACAAUGUCAAGAAGGUUAGCCACAACACAGCAAUAUCACUUGCCAGGCGAUCGAGAAUGUUGCAUACUCUGGAUCUAUCUUGGUGCCGGAAUUUGACAGAUGAGGCUAUUGGUUUCAUUGUAGACAGCUGCUUGUCACUGAGGGUGCUCAAACUGUUUGGAUGUACUCAGAUUACCAAUGUUUUUCUGGAAGGCCACUCGAAUCCAGAUGUACAAAUUGUCGGCUUGAAGAUGUCUUCGGUAUUAGAUCACGUCAAGGUGCCUGAUCAUCAAUGUCCGUUGCGUUAUUCCUGAGUGUCUUCUCCAAUGUGAUCUCAGUUAGGAUCGUCAGACAUGCUAUUCUUAACAUCAUACAGUGGCUAGGAACAAAUAGAAUACAACCCCUGUUACCCACAAUAUUCACCAUAUAUGACUGACUUUGAAAUCUCCUCUCCCUCAGAAACUUCUCUUUUUUUCAGCCUUGUUGCUUGCUUUUGUAAAUUGGUUGCAGCAAUGUACUAUGCGCGACUUAACUCAACUGGAAAUAUUUAUAAUAGAAGCAUUAACAUGAUUCCAGUAA